AUGGCUAGUGGUAGCGACAGCAGCAGCAGCAGCAGCUCGGCAUCCAGUGUUCAGGAUGGUUUCGGCGAUGGGGGGGAGUCUUGCCUUGGCUUUGAAGCUGAUACCGCCCGAUCCAAGACAUCCUUGGGUAGAAGCUGCUGCGACGACUCCACGAUCCCCAUACAGCACCCCAAGAAGCCCUGCGUUUGUGGACUUUGUGGUUGCAAAAGCAGCGACCCGAAUCCCAUAAGCACCGGGGGCUGCUCUGAUGCAGCGAGCACAGAGGGGGAUGAGAGGUGCAUCGCGUGGGGAAAAUACAGAAAAGUGCAGUCCGCCUCUGGCGUGGUCCGGGUGCCAGUAGGAGCCUCAGACGGAAUCUGCCGAAACGUCUAUCGCUUGUUGGGCUUCCCCCACAAAUAUGGUUCGCAGGCAGAGUACCUCAAGAAAGUAGAAGCUAAGCAAGUGGAUCAUGAUGAGUUUUUGAAGAGUCGUGCAGAGUACGUGAAGAAAAUGAAGAAAGGUGGCCAGGCAGGGACUCGCACCAAGAAGCGUGAAAAGGAGGACUUGAAGACCGCCUCUACCUUAAAGACGGUGAAAGAUACGGGCGUGAGAUUCGAAGGUCCCUUGAUGCAGUUCAUCGAUAUCACCCAAUGGGAUGCCAAGGAGGACGGCGUUCUGGACGAGAGCAAAAUCGUGGAAGAGGAGAUCAACGGUGAAUCCGUCAAAGGAAUCUACAAGAUGAAAGGAAGGAGGGGUUGUUAUGAUGUCAGGAACUUCGACACGAAAAAGGCCCGGACGGAGACGGAAGAACACUCCAAGAAGGAUUCGAAAGCCAUGUUCGCUGACCAGGCCCUCGCCAAUAAGAAAGUGGCCAUACAGGCGGCAUUCAAUGAGACUCAUCAGGAACGUGUCUCCAAGGCUGUUGAGGCAGCUCCCACGUCUUACGAUGCAGAGGGCAUCCUGGCCCUGUUGCAAAGCUCUGUUCUUGGAGGAAAUGCAACAGCGGCCUCCGGCCUGGCAAAACCUGCAGAGAACGACCCAAAGGAGUCGGAUGGUUCUGAUGAGUCAAAUGCAGAGCUGGAUGAGUCAAGUUCCGAAAGUGACCAUGAGGGCAAAGCUCAGGAACGUUUGCAAAGCCUGGCAGGAAAGAAGAAAGCUAAAGCGAAACCUCAACCGAAAGCCGCUCCCAAAGCAUCGACCGCGAAGGCAGGGCCAACAAGACCGACAGUUUCAGUCUCAUUGCCACCAGUGGAAAAGACACAAUCGCAGCAGCCGUCUAAAGCAAGCGCUCCGAGCCAGCCAGCGAAGAAGCCGAGUGCCGAUGAUCUCGGUGCCGUCGCUUCGCCAGCAAAGACGUUGAACUUGGACGGUCGUGGCAUGAGAUUGAAAGACAGCCUCAAGAAGGAGCUUGCGGAGCUCAAGCUCAAGUUCGAGGGUCAGCUCGGUUUUGGAAAUGACUACAACUUCUUGGACAAGAAGGAGCAUGCCGCCCGACAGCGGUCUUUGACCGGGGUGUCAAAUUCCGUCCAGAACUCCCUGCGUCGUAUUGAGAACAGUCCAAACAAAAACUCUUUCGACUCGGAGAUUGAGGGUUUUGAGUCAUUGCGGUCGCUCGUCCAAAAUGCUUUGGACUUGAACACGGCCUUGGCUUCGAGCACUGGCGGUCCCAAAGCCAUUGAGGAUCCGUACGAAUGUUUGAAAGAGAACGGGGUCAUUCGUGUUGGAUCCUGUUUUUGGUUUAAGCUCUUGGAGUGCAAAUUGAAUGAGAAGAUCCUCUUCAAAAACCUUUCGGAUUAUGUUGGCGUGCUUUGCGAAGACAGCAAAGAGGUUUGUGCUCUGAAUGAUCUGGGGGUCUCGGACAAUGUCCGCGAGUUUGUGCAUGCGGACGUCGAAAGUCGGAUGACGACCUUUUUGGGCAAGGAAGACGUGUUGAAAGAUGGGUCCUGGGGGCGGAACCAGGCUAGGAACCUGGCUUCGGAAGUAUGUGCCCAGAAGAGCAACAGCCUAUUUGAGAAUGUCAUAUUCACGUGCGAGCUGACGCGUGAUCUGCUCGCAGAUGAUAUCUCGGGAAUGGCCAGUGCCUUGGAGAGGUUUGCAAAAGUGGCAGAGGAGGAUGUCUUAGAGGAUGGAGUCCUCCAAUUCUUCCAGAAACACAAAGUCGGCAUGCAGAUCAUCUCCCAAUGUAAGGCCCAGGUGGAAGCCGGACAAGCCCAGCUCCAGGAAGAGCUGCAUGUGAGCAACUUGGAAGCGGCCCUGAAAGAGGUGAAGGACUUUCAAGGCGAAAUGACCGGUCAUGCCAUCUCCGAUGUGGUCGCACAUUUCUGGAAGCUGAAACAAUCCAAACAAGAAUCCAAGCUUAUGCAGAAGCACAAACUGAGGGUUCAGAGUAUCAUCAAAGAGUUUUGGGAGGUCCUCACCGUGGGAAUCCAGAACAUCCUGUCGAGCACGAUGUGCUCAUGUAUUGAAGAUCUUCUUCAUCGGUUGGAAGCCGAAAACACUAAAGAGGAAAUCCAGGAGUUUGACUUGGAAGAGACGUUGAAGACAAUGAGGUGUUCGGAUAUCCUUCAUCAUGAGUUCUGGAGCGACGUUGGGUUGAAGAAGUUGCCCCAAUCCUUGACGCAGCUUUUCGACAGCUAUGCCAAGGCUUGUGACACCAGCGGGCCACUCAUCGAGUAUAUCUUCGCCAAGAGCAAGAUAGGGGCUACUCGUAGUAUGAAAGAUCCGACGUCUGAUCUCCUACAUGAAUGGACCACGUGUGAUGUGCUCGUUUGUGCUUUUGUGGAUGAGCAGGGUGUUCUUGAUGGAUUCAAAACGACUUUUGUGAAAGUCGCUCAGAAAGAGCUUCAUGACAAAGCCAUGACAGCAUUCCAGGAUGUGGGUCGCAUGAUUUCGAAUUGCAUAUCAGCGGUCUCAGACCUGGAGGCUAUGGCAGGACAGUUGGCGGAGGUCAAGGAUAACACAGCAGCACUCGGAAAGAGUGGAUUGUGGCGUCUCGUGCUACCGUCGUUCCUCAAGGUUGCGUCUGAUACGGUGGCUGCCGUGAAGAAGGAUUCCACUUUGGGAGAUCUUCUGGCUGCCUUGGAGUCUCAAGACGCAUGCUUGUCUAAUGUUCAAGCAGCAGCCCAGCGAUAUCAGAAAGAGUGGGAACUAGAUCCACUUGGCAAAUUUGCGGCCACUAAGCUGGCGUCUCCUGAGUUCGAAUCUUGGAUGAAUGCGCUCGGAGACAAGAUCACCGAGAGAAUCAUGCAGAAAGGAGGUGAGCAGCAACAGUCUUUGAAGAAGUUGCAGGAUAGAGGAAACCAGCUGCUCGGCAAGAUUCCCGAAUUCUGCCCCGCAAAUGAGGAAGAGUACAGGAAAUCCAUGGCCAUGCUCCACGAGGCCUAUGCUGCUUCUGGCAACACUUUGCGGAAAACUGCUCAAGAAGUCUUGAAAGCUCACGGUAUUCUGCAAAAGGUUCGUUCCAGCUCCGUGAAUAAUGAUGGUGUUGGUGCGGCCUCUGGCCUGGCAGCAAAUCUGAAAGAAUGGCAGUCCAUAGCCACGAAUGCCCAAGGCCUCGGGCAGUGCCUUGUGACUCAUCUGACGAUUUAUGCCAUGGUGACAGUCCUCCGGGCACCGGUGAUGGGCAGCAAGUCCGACAGCGGAAAGAAACUGGUAGGAAAGACUCUGGGAAAGUGUGCGGUGGAUUUCCCGAGCCUGUGGGAGAAGUGCAAGGCUAAACAAGAUGAGGAGAUGUCACGGCAACGGAAUCUCUCCACGAGUGAAGGAGACGGCACUCGUGGACGCGUGCAGCAAGGAGCCACACCCACCAGACGAGCCAGGCAGAAAACUCCGCCAGCAAGGGAAGCCACACCCGACCAGCCCCAAGCGACCCAGGCAUCUCAGGAGCAUCCGAUCCCGGAUCCAUCCCAGAAAUCAUCAACUGAAGCCGUGGUUGCACACGAGCCCAAUCCACUAUCGCCCACAUCCGAAGGCAAGAUGCUUGAGCAACUCCAAGAGUCUCUCGAGGCAGAUGGCGACAAGGGCGACGGCAACACGUCUGUCGACGUCCCCCCCCCGCCAGCUCCCCACGAAGCAGCUGCAGAGCCAACAGCCGGCCAAGCCGAGAAGAACGAUGACGAACUUAGCAGCUCUUCUAGUCAUUUUACGGUCAGGGUAACGAAAUUCAAGGCAGUGAAGAAGGAAAAGCCAGAGGAGCCCGGCCAGAUGCCCCCCGAGGACGACAAGAAGAAAGAUACGAAAGAGAAGAAGGACAAGAAGAGCAAGAAGGAUAAGAAGGACAAGAUCAAGAAUGAUAAGAAGGAACACAAAGACAAAGACAAGCCUGACAGGAAGGAAUCCAAGGAGAAGAAAGAGAAGAAAGAGAAGAAAGAGAAGCAGGAGAAGAAAGAGAAGAAGGAUAAGAAGGAUAAGAAGGAGAAGAAGGAGGGGAAAGACAAGCAGGAUCAGGAUCAGGCUAAGAAAGAGAAGAAAUCCAAGAAGGAUAAAGAAGAUAAAAAGGACAAGAAGGAUGCUAAGGAGAAGGAUCACAAAGAGCAAAGGUCGAAAUCCAUGCCCAAAGAGUCGAAGCGAGCAAAGCAGGAGCCACCGGCAGCUGCUGAAGAAGCCCCCUCGCAGCCUGAGGGCGCUGGUGUUGUCCCGGCUCGCGGCGGUCGUGUUCGCGGCGGUCGUGGCGGCCGUGGCAGCCGUGGCCGCGGUCGUGGUGGUGUUGUCGAAGAAGGCCAAGAGCAAGAACCAUCAGCAGCAACAGCAGAAAAGGCCAAGCCGGGAAAGGGCAAGGGAAGAGGAAAAGGCAAGACCAGCAGAAAGGAACCCAUGGCAAGCGGCAUGGGCCUGGCGAAGAUGAUGGCCAAUCGGAACUCGGCAUGA